UCAAGGGCUGGGCGCCCACGGCCCUCGGCUACUCGGCCCAGGGCUUCUGCAAGUUCGGCUUCUACGAGAUCUUCAAGGAUUUCUACUCGACGCUUGCGGGCGAGGAGAACGCCUACAAGUACCGUGGCAUGAUCUUCUUGGCUGGUUCGGCCUCGGCUGAGUUUAUCGCCGACGUUGCCCUCUGCCCCAUGGAAAUGGUCAAGGUGAAGGUCCAGACGUCGCCUGCCGGCACGUUCCCCGUCGAGCUCGGCCCUGCCGUCGCCGCCAUGAAGGCCAACGCCGCCGAGACCCGCUACCCGUUCGGCUCGGUCGUCCCGUUGUGGUCGCGCCAGAUCCCGUACACGAUGGCCAAGUUCUUCUUCUUCGAGAAGGUCGUCGAGGCGUUCUACACGCACGUCUUCACGGAGCCCAAGGAGUCGUACCCCAAGAGCACGCAGCUCGGUGUCACGUUCGCCUCGGGUUACCUUGCCGGUGUCAUCUGCGCCAUUGUCUCGCACCCCGCCGACUCUCUCGUCUCGCUCAUGGGCAAGGCUGAGAACAAGGGCAAGGGCCUUGGCCAGAUUGCCUCGGAGACCGGCUUCGCCAACCUCGCCACGAAGGGCCUCGGCACGCGUAUCAUCAUGAUCGGUACGCUUACGGGUCUCCAGUGGUGGAUCUACGACUCGUUCAAGUCGGCGCUCGGCAUGGGCACGACCGGCGGUGUUGCCAAGAAGUAAAUAUUCAUCUAGUCUCGAGUUUUCUAGAUUCGCCGACUGGCACCAAUAUACGCAUUCUGAUGUCA